GCACGCCUGCGCAGUCGCGCGCGUUCCAUUUUUAAAUUCAAUCGCGUUCGUGUAUUUCAAGCCAGUGCGAGUUAAAAAAAGUGUUUAUAUUUUUUUUGUUUUUGUGAAUGUGACAUCAAAACUCGUUAGUGAUUUCUGGAUAUUGAAACUUUUUAAGUUGGUCAAAAAAGACUUCCACAUCAAGCUAUAAGCAAACUACACGAGAAAAGAAAACCAUCAUUUCAAUUCAUAACAUUGAGAAGAUGUAGUAUUUCAAACACUUCCAAACUCCUUAGAGCUCGGCCUUUUUAUUUCUAAAAACAACUGGCUGAAAAGAGAAGCGAAAUAAAAAGAAAAAUGGCAAGACUGCAGUUUUGUGAUGAGUGAAAUUAAGCUUUAAGGAGUAGAGUAUAGGAAUGAAAGUCGUGUAAUUAGUAAGGAUGUCUGGCAACAAUGACUUGAGUGAGGUGGAGUCGCCCAAGGCUCGCAUGAAGCCGGCUGUAAGCAGGAUAUUUUGCUGCAGCGUCACAGCCGCUUCAGGGUUCAUCGCAGCGUAUGCUUUGGUGGCGUACGCCAUCGCGUUGAUCUACGAGAUCGUCUGGCUGGUGGAGUCGCAGAGCGGGCUGCCUGUACCAUCGGUGCUGCUCAUGGUGUGCUACUGCAUCGUCAUCGCCGCCACCGUCACGCUGGUCCAUGGACUCAUAUCGAAAAAUAACAUAUACCUGUUAGCAUGGUUGAUAGCUGUAAUAUUGGUGUUGAUCCCAGAGUGCGCUCUAGUCUUUUACAUGUCCAUUAGUCAUUGGGGUCUACAAGGGGUGUACGGCGGUGCGGAACUAGCGUGCUACGUGGCCCGGCUGCCAGCCAUCGUGGUUGGUGUCGUGCUGGUGCAGUCUGCAUACGCACUGAGAGAAGCCAGGAAAGCUGGCUACAGUAACGGGGCUGCGGUAAGCGGCAGCGAGUUCGACGCGAGUCACUUCGUGCCCGACACCGGGAAUGCGUUCACAAACGACGGGUUCAUGCCCGAUACUGGCAAGUCGGGGUCGAUGCCGGAUCUGCGGCGGCACCUAGCCAGCCGGCAGUCAAUGAGCUACGCGCCGCCGCCCGCCUACUGGCAGCACCUCGCUGAGCGGCAUUAUGCCGCUACCAUGCGUGGCCCGCCUAAGGGCUACGCGAUGCCUCAGCAGGCUUACGGCACCUGGGUGGGACCCCGCGCGGGCCCGUACGACAAUCCCUACAAGCGGCGGCACUCCGUCGUAGGAGCCUUCGACGAGUACCCAGCCGCCGAGUUCGACGACCGAGUCGACUGCAAGAGCGAGAUGGCGUACCCGUACUACCGGCCGUACCCUUACCAGGUGUACCCGCCGGAGUAUGACCCCAGAUUCUACCCAGACUUCAAGAGGGAAGAGGCCGCAUACGGAGUGAACCUGCUAAGACACGAGCCCUACAGGUUUAGUGGCUCCAGAGAGCGCGUCUACUAUGGCAUGAGGAACAGUCAUACGUCAGUCGGGAACGAAUCAGAUGACCUGACCAAGUAUAAAGACGUGGCGCUUUGAGUAUUACGUAAGUUAGGGACGCGAUAAACUGUGUAAAAAGCUAUUCGAUUCAUUAGUUAGCGAUGCAGUUACAAAAUAUGGGAAUGUACAAGGUUUUUUGAAGUGUGAAGGUCAACCGAAAUAGUCUCUGUGAGAUAUAUAUGAGCUAUGGGGUACUGCUGGUACGAAGUGCUGGACGUUUCCAUCCAGUUAAACUAAGCCAACUUUCGUUUUUUUUCUCUCAUUUUAUGUACACCCCCACCUAUUUUCUGUUGUAAAAAUUUGUCACAUGAAAAUAUUUUUCAGUUGUUGUAAAAUAGCUUCAAUGGGAUAGUCUAGCAAAACAAUCUCAAGCACAUUUUCUUCGCAUUAAUACAAUUUCAAGGAUGAAUCUAUGUAGGAAAGGAAGGAAACCUUGACUGCUAGAAUUUAGUAGCUAAAAUGUUGUGUAAAAAUAAUGGUGCUUAAUUUUAUUCUUAUGAAAUAAUAGUAAGUAAAAUUGUUUGAUUUGUAAAAUCAUUCUUAGUGUUAGUACUUUUCUGUAUUUAGCCAUAAAUGUAUUAGCUUUAACUACACGAAUAUUUUAUUUAGGUUACCUAAUAACCAAAGGUAUUAAAAUUAAAGAUGAAAAAAAAAAUUUUUGGAGUCACUACUUUUUAUAGAUCAACAAUAAACUAUUUUUAUUUAA